CAAUAGAAAUAAAACCUACUACCGUUUCAAGUAACUUCCUUAACAUAAUUUCAAGAACGGCAAAAUCUUCUUUUCUCUCAAUUUUGCAAAACCAAAACACACUAGCAGCACCAUGAGGAUAUUAACUUGGUUUGCUUGAACUCUGUCUCUGUGCAUUGGAACAAAACCGAUCUUCCGUGGAAAUGCUAUGCCGACAUCCUGCUGUCAAGUGGGCCCAGAGGUCUGAUAAGCUGUUUAUCACGGUUGAGUUACCUGAUGCCAAGAAUUUAAAGCAAAAACUAGAACCAGAAGGAAAAUUCUCUUUUUCUGCAACUGCUGGAGCUGAUAAUGUACCAUAUGAAGUGGAUCUUGAUCUCUUUGAUAAAAUUGAUGUUGAUGAGAGCAAAUCUAGUGUUACUUCUAGAAAUAUCUGCUAUCUUGUAAAGAAAGCAGAAGACAAGUGGUGGAGCAGACUGGUUAAGCAGGAAGGUAAACCUCCAAAGUUUUUGAAAGUUGACUGGGACAAAUGGGUUGAUGAAGAUGAACAGGACAGUGCACCUGAACCAGACAUGGAUUUUGGCGACAUUGACUUUUCGCAACUAAACAUGGGUGGUGGUCCUGGGGAUCUUGAUGCCGAUGAGCUGGAAGGAGAAGAUGAUAGCGACACUGAAAAAGAAAUCGAGGACGAAAAUCAUGUCCAUAGUGAACCUCAAGCAGCGACUCCAGCAAGCACUGAACCUGAGACAAAAGCUUGAAAGCUCCCAUUUUUCUAAUGCAUUUGUUAACUUCUAGUGUUUUAUUGCUAUAUACUGUUAAUUAGGGGCACAUGCAGAAAUUGUUAAUUCUUAGUACAUGAUAUGUAGUUUGAACUAAUGUGUCUCUUUGUUGAUUGAGUUGUCUUGAUCCUGGAGCUUUUGUUUCGGUUCUGUAUUCAGUCUCCAUGCAGUGUGUCUUUGGAAUUAUGUGGAAAAGUAACCAGAUUAAGUAGAACAAUAGUUUUGAUUCUUGGUUGGUACAAGUAAUCUGUGCUUGGAUC